AUGGUUUCCCCUACCCUAGGUCGGCUCAUGCCGGCAGUCUCGAAAUUAGUCACGAAAGGAGUGGUCGUCCCGCGGUCAUCAGUCAAGUCUCACCUAGGUCGAUCGACCUACCUUUCUACCAGAUCAUUUUCUGCGAGACCUGCCCUAUGCGUGAAGAAAUACACUGAAGAUCAUGAGUGGAUAGAGCUCGACAGCGACGGCAAGACAGGAACCAUAGGCAUCACCGAGUACGCAGCUAAGGCCCUGGGAGAUGUCGUCUAUGUUGAGCUUCCCGAACUCGGCAUGGAAGUGACCAAAGGCGACACGAUCGGCGCAGUCGAGUCCGUCAAGUCUGCCUCCGACAUCAUGACGCCUGUGUCGGGCAAGAUUUCCGAUCAUAACAAGGUGCUGGAAGAGAAGCCAGGAACGAUCAACAAAAGCCCCGAGUCUGAGGGUUGGCUGGCGAAGAUUGAAGUGAGUGACCUGAAUGAGCUCGACAAUCUCAUGAGCAAAGAGGACUACGAUAAAUUUGAGAAAGAAUAA